AUGACAAGAUCAUCAGAGAGAGUUGCAAGACUAGUUAUGUAUUUGACUGUGCUCUUUAUUACCGUAUUUCCCACGAAAUACUAUAUCCUCUCGAUAGAAAGUUGGUAUUCCUUUUACUGCGCUGUCUUCAUUUGUUGUUCGGGAAGUCUGACACUGGUAUACGCCACUCUCUGCCUGUGCUACAGAGGAUAUGUAGUGCUAAAGGACUUCACAAAUAUUGAGCUAUCCCCAGAGUCUCGAUCUUGCCACAUUUGCAUGCAGUUUAAGCCAGAGCGGUCCCACCACUGCUCAACUUGCAAGAAAUGUAUCAAGAAGAUGGACCAUCACUGCCACUGGCUAGGGAGAUGUAUAAAUUAUGACAACCAUGGCCACUUUGUACGCUUUCUACUAUGCAUGUUCUUGAACUCGUCGGCUGUUUUUGCCUUCAAUAGCUACUACUUAGUUGAAAUUAUAAAGUACGACAGCUACCAACCAACACAGCUGAUGUGGGCCAUUCUUCUUUUAUCAUUUACUGCUAGCCUCUUAUUAAUGUGUGUAAGCUGUUUUCAUUUGCAUGCCCAGGUUUCCAUGAUUCUUUUGAAUAUUACUUUCAUAGAAUCAAUAAACUGCUAUAACUAUGGAUAUUCCGAGACUGAUUCUCCAUAUAACCUAGGGCUUAGACAUAAUAUCGAGGAUGUUUUUGGGCCACUAAAGUACUUUCUACUUGGCAGCCCAAGGGGCAAUGGAAUAUUUUUCAGAAAGAAGUACUGUGUGGAAUAUUGGCCAAAACAUUUUAGAUCCAUAGAUAGAGCAUAUGAGAAGAUUAUAAUAUAA